AUUUUUUUACCUUUUUUUUCUCUCUUUUCGAUUAAAAUUUUCUGAUUUCUCUGAGUACUUCUCUGCUCUCUCUCUCUCUCUUCUCUUUUUCGUCCGUUUGGGCUCGAGAAAACAUACAAAUUUAAAUACGGCAGUGGUGAGGAGGUCUGACAAUUACCCGUGAGGAGUGAGACCUCAACGAAAAAUCUUUGAUCAAAGAGAAAAGGGAGAAGAAAAAGCCAGCACUUUCUCUUGCAUUUGUCGUUUGUAUUCUUUCUUCUCUUCUCAAAUCCAACUUCAUCUCCAUCUUGUAUCUCUCGCAUUCUUUUUUCCGCCUUUCUGAACGGACGGUGUUGAUGUUUGCAUUUCUCUUUCUUUCUGUUCCUACGACUUUUUCCUGCGGCUAACUCGCUCGUCUCUGAAGCUUGAAGACUGAACCGAAGGUAAAGCUUGCUUGUGAUCUCCAAGGGAAAACGGAGAGCGAAGGCCGAAGGAGUGGAAGGAGAAAAAAAGGAAAUGGGUGGUUCUUGUUGUCAUCUAUCGGCUCUGUUUUUGUUCUUAUUUACAGUUUCAGAGCUGUUGAGCAAAGGAGAUUCCAGAACGUAUUGGAGAGAUGCAGAGAGUUUGAAGGAGCUGAAGAGGGCUAUCGAUUUUGGGUCAGUGACGCCGGGAUCUUGUUUGAGCUCGUGGGACUUCUCGGUGGACCCAUGCGACAACAUCUUUAGCGAGCGGUUUACUUGUGGGUUCAGAUGCGACCGCGUAGUCGCCGGCCGCAGCCGAGUCACCGAGAUCAGCCUCGACCGAGCUGGGUACACCGGCUCCCUCUCCUCCUCCGCCUGGAACCUCCCUUACUUGGAAAUCCUCGACGUCGCCGACAAUUCCUUAUCUGGGUCCAUCCCAAACUCGCUUUCCAACCUGACUCGCCUCCGCCGACUCGCUCUCUCGAGAAAUUCGUUCUCCGGCGAGAUACCCACCUCCAUUGGGUCCCUCUCUAGUCUCGAAGAGCUCUACCUCGACAACAACCGUCUUCAGGGUCCAAUUCCCCCGAGCUUCAACGGUUUGGUAAGCUUAAAAAGGCUAGAGCUUCAAGGUAACAACCUCUCCGGCGAGUUUCCUAGUUUGGGUUCCCUAGAGAACCUAUAUUUCUUGGAUGCCAGCGACAAUAAGAUCUCCGGGCGCGUCCCGACGAACAUCCCGGGGUCCUUGGUUGAGCUUUCGAUGAGAAACAAUUACCUAGAAGGACCUUUCCCGGCGAACAUUCGGGAUUUGGGCUUCCUACAAGUGAUUGAUUUCACUAACAACCGAAUUUCCGGGGCUGUUCCAUCUACUCUGUUCGACCACCCAUCACUGCAGCAACUAACUCUGUCUCACAACAAAUUCUCGUCUUUACAAGUGCCCUGGAACCUGGGCAUCCGGAGCGAGUUGAUAGCAGUUGAUCUCAGUUACAACGAACUUGAGGGAUUGUUGCCGGCUUUCAUGGCGAUGAUGCCGAAGCUGUCAGCAUUGUCGUUGGAGCACAACAAGUUUACAGGGAUGAUACCAUCUCAAUAUGCUCUGAGAGCCGUCGUUCCCAUCGCGGGAGCAUCACAGUUGGUGAGGCUCUUACUUGGGGGAAACUACUUGUUUGGGCCGAUACCAGGACCCCUAAUGGCACUGAAACCGGGUUCAGCAACGGUGAAUUUAGUGGACAACUGUUUGUUUAGCUGCCCACCAACGUUUUUCUUCUGUCAAGGUGGGGAGCAGAAGUCGUUAAUAGUGUGUAAGAGUUUUGGACCGAUGAUUCCUUGAAGACUGUGCAAGUUCAAAAUAUCGAAGAGGAGAGAGAGGAAGGACCUCUCUAAUAACUAUCCUGAAUCCUGCCUGAAUCGAUCUCUCUUUCUUCCCUUUCUUCUUUAACAAUUCUUUAUUAUCUAUUUCAGGAAAAAUAUAUUUAACUGUGAAUGUCAAAUUGUUAAUUUGUAAUAUGGAAACGAGAAAGGAAAGGAGCAGUAACGUCCAUUCUGUUAUGUUUUGAUUUUGUUUGUAAUCUCAUCUAUGUUACGAGUGGAAACGGAGCAGACGAGCAGGAGACAACGUCCCAAUGGAGUGUCUGUCUAGAAGUCUGGAAUCCUUCUUUUGCUUGCUCUCUGUGAUUCGACUC